UACAAUAUACAUGAGUUUGUACACCCACUGAAUUAUUUCUAAACCAAGUGCCGUUUUGAAAAAGCCGCUAGACAAUGGUCUAACUUUGUUCUUAGCAAACUGGAGUUUUGAAACAAUUGCUAAUAUUUGAACGUCACUUGCCGGAUGUUUUUUUUUUUUUAAACUUUAAACUGUAUGCAAUACAAAACUGACGAGACCUCCAUCUGUGAGUACCUCACAUGACCUUACUGGCCUGACUUUUUCUGCCCGUUUUACUGGAUGUCAGUUUUUCUCCUCUGCCUGAAGAUUUAUAGGGUCGCUCCGCUCAUCACAGCAGUUGUCCCGCUGCUAUGCUGUCCAGAGCAGCGAUAAUGAGCGGAAUAUCUGCUCAGAGCAUCACUAAGAGCAUUACCUUCUAUGUGAACGAGUGUGUGACGAGCCCUGGAGCUGCUGCGUCCCACCAGCAGCCCAGACCGCUCUUACUGCUCUUCCCUUGGCUGGGAUCAAGGCCCCACGCCGUAGCCAAGUACUGCGAGAUCUAUUUUCGAACUGGCUUUGACGUGUUGAUGGUGGAGAGUGAAAUCAGUCAUUUUCUGUGGCCACGUUGGGGUCUGGAGUACGGAGCGAAGGUACUGGAGGUCCUGCAGAGUGAACGCUUUGCACAGCGCCCCCUGCUGGUUCACGCUUUCUCCAUCGGCGGUUACACCUUUACUCAAGUUCUCGUCCAUGUGUCCAAAGACACCCAGAGAUAUCAGAGUCUGACCAGCAGAAUCCGAGGACACAUCUAUGACAGCUUGGUCAUGGGCUCUCUGGAGCGGAUGGCUAUUGGAAUCAGUAAAAACCUUUUUUCUCGCUGGGAGUGGAUAGUGAAACAGGUCAGCCUGCUCUAUUUCCGAACGUUUAAACGCCAAACUGUUGACUACUACAACACGGGCAUCGACAUCUUCUGGAACACUCCUGUGACAGCGCCUGCCUUGUUCUUAUUCUGUGAAAACGACGCCCUUUGUGAUCCUCAGAGCAUGGAGGAGUUGAUUGACUUCUGGAGAGGUCAGGGCAUACCUGUGGAGAGUAAGAAGUGGGCGGAGUCUAUCCAUGCGGGUCAUCUCAGAGCCCACCCCCAAGAGUAUCUGUCCACUGUUGAGAACUUCCUGCUCUCUCUCAACAUGGUUCCUUUAAGGGCCAAAAUGUGAACACACGCUGUCCCUUGCUUAAAGCCACUGAUCUCACACAGAAACUGUAAUGAAUUUCAUAGCAACGUGUGGCCUUCCUUAAAUAAAAAAAAUGGAUCUUGUUUGGUUACUGACACCAUAAUAAGACAUUAGUGAGACUGUGUCUAUAUGUUAAGUAACCAACCAACUCACAAUGUUAGCUCAAUGCUAAGUCGAAGCUGCCAAGCUCAAGACCUGGCUUUUAAAGGGAGUGGAAAAGCUCAGUAGGACAGAACCUACAGGUCUCCAGCCUGAAGAAGGACCAUGUGAUUUGUGAACAUUUCAUAGAGAUAUUAAAAUUAUUCAGGUGUGACCCAAAUAUUCACAAGUGCUAUGCACAAUCCUGGGGGUGUAUUUAUCUGUUGGUACACCAGUUAGUUGUCAUUGUAACAGGUGAGCGACAGCAGGUCAUUGUCAUACCUGUGCAGUGUGUAGUGUUCCAGGAGUUACAAUGGGGAAAAACACUGUGUCUAUCAGAAUACCUCAGUAGCAUCCAAAUCACACGAAACACCUGUUUUCUAAACUGUUUUGUUUCAUUCUAGCUGUUUCAUUUUAGCAUGUUUAAUGUACAUUUUGAUGGAUAAUGUCUGAAUUAAAACAAAUGUGAGUAUGAUUUGGUAC